GGCUGGCGAUCCAGAGAAGAAAGCUUUUACUCUAUCUUUGCAAGUGUCGUCAAUAAUCGUCAAUCGUAGGUGGUAAGCAGCAAUCCUUAGUUCUUACCAGAAGAAACCAAACCACAAGAUGUCAACUGGUUCAGCUGGUCAAAACUCAAAACAUGAAUAAAAAGCUAAUUUUUCAGUUAAAAUCCAAGUGUACUUUCUGUACCCAAAAAGAAAAUCCCCCUUUUCUAAUAUUUUUGUUUCUUUUCUCUUUGUGAGGGAGAAGAUGAUGAUAUUCGUAGGUCAAAUAUUCAUUUGCUUUACCUUUGAAAAUUGUUCUUAAAUCUUAGGUUUAACCAUUACGAAAUCCGGAAUGAGUCUACCCAUCCAAUCAUCCGUCAAAGUCAAUUCACGUCUGAACGUGUAUUCCUUCUUCCCAAGUCUCAACUCAACCAUGAUCAGGACCCACGAGUUCUUCCCAACCAUUAGCAGCUGAAAAAAUUAAUUUGGGCAAGACGAAACUCUACCCAGAAUUCAAAUUCAGCUUUUAUAUAUUUAUAUUUGUUAAUGCCUUUUCUUUUUCAACUUCACGGCUUCCUACUCCAUUCCCAUUAAAUUACGCCCCUUAAAACAUUGAAAUAAGGCUCCCUCUCUUUUGAAACUUCCGCAAGUCAACCAUGCCGACUGUCGAGUUCGGCCUUUCAAUAAUAAAAAUAGUAAAAAACUGCCCACCCUUGCAUUGUUUUGUGGUGUUGUCCACACAGAAGCCGCAGUCGGUUCCAGCUGUGGAGUUGAAAGAAAGACAAACAAUAUAUACAUGUGAAAUUUUAAGAUUAUCAGAGAGAGGGAGACAGAGGGGCUGGGAGAGAUUGGUGGGUAGUCGUUAAUCAAUCUGCAGAGUUGAGGAAGGCAGAAGGGGGGAUUCUCGUUCUUGCUGUUUCUCUUUGACUGUGCGGACUGCAGACAGAUGGGUGGUGUUCUUGCCAUUUUUCUCCUGUUUGCUCACUUGCUGCUGCUUCCUGAUACUUCGUCUUCGUCUCCCUUAUGCACUGAUUCAAGGGCACCUGUUACUCUGAAGACGCCUCUGGCAUUCUGUCCAUACAAUGGAAGCGUCUGCUGCAACUCUACGAAAGAUCUGCAGCUGCAGAAACAAUUUGAGGCCAUGAACGUCUCGGAUCCUGCCUGUGCUUCUCUUCUGAAAUCGAUUCUCUGUGCGACAUGUGAUCAGUUCUCUGCAGAGUUAUUUAGAAUUGAAUCAGAGCCUCGGUCAGUUCCUGUUCUUUGCAAAUCUACUAUCUCAGCAAAUGCAUCCCAAUCUAGUAGUGCAGUGAAUGAUUUUUGUGGAAAGGUCUGGGACACAUGCCAAAAUAUAUCUGUGUUAAAUUCCCCAUUUACCACCUCACUGGAAAGUAGGGAUGGAGUACCGGGUAAUUCAACUUUUUCCAAACUAUCCAACCUAUGGAAGUCAAAAAGUGAUUUUUGUGAUGCAUUUGGUGGAGCUUCUGCUGAUGGAUCAGUGUGUUUUGAUGGUCAACCUGUUUCACUAAAUAAUACUGAUACUCUAAGUCCUCCAAAUGGUGUAUGCCUUGAGAAAAUUGGGAAUGGAUCUUACCUUAACAUGGUUGCUCAUCCUGAUGGGUCCAACCGUAUCUUCUUGGCUGACCAGAAAGGUAAAAUAUGGCUGGCAACUGUUCCUGAAGAGGAAACUGGGGGAAUAUUAGGGAUUGAUGAAUUAAAUCCUUUUCUAGAUCUAACAGACGAAGUACAUUUCGAUAUUGAGUUUGGUCUAAUGGGAUUGGCAUUUCAUCCGGACUUCACAAAAAAUGGUCGCUUCUUUGUCUCAUUCAAUUGUGAUAAGGUUAAAACGCCAGGAUGCUCUGGAAGAUGUUCAUGCAAUUCAGAUGCCAACUGUGAUCCUUCGAAGCUUAGUCCUGAUAAUGGGGCUUCUCCAUGCCAGUAUCAUAGUGUGAUCUCAGAAUAUACUGCUAAUGGUACUGCAUCCGAGGUUUCCUUGGCAACAAGGGCCAAUCCAAUAGAAGUGAGAAGGAUAUUUACAAUGGGCCUGCCAUUCACAUCUCAUCAUGCAGGGCAGAUUCUCUUUGGACCUGCAGAUGGGUAUCUAUACUUUAUGAUGGGGGAUGGAGGAAAUAGUGGUGAUCCUUACAAUUUUUCUCAAAACAAGAAAUCCUUGCUAGGAAAAAUUAUGAGGCUUGACAUAAAUAAUAUACCAAGUGCAAAGGAAAUUGAUGCCCUUGGACUAUGGGGAAAUUACUCCAUCCCUAAAGAUAAUCCAUUUUCUGAAGACAAGGAGUUGCAGCCUGAGAUUUGGGCCCUGGGAUUUAGAAAUCCUUGGCGCUGCAGUUUUGAUUCAGAAAGGCCUUCAUACUUUCUCUGUGCAGAUGUCGGCCAGGAUCGAUACGAAGAGGUGGAUAUUAUCACAAAGGGUGGAAACUAUGGAUGGCGUGUUUAUGAGGGCCCCUAUCUUUACAAUCCUCCAAAAUCUCCUGGAGGAAAUACGUCUGUGAAUUCAAUAACUCCUAUCUUCCCUGUAAUGGGAUAUGAUCACUCUGCUAUAGAUAAGAAUGUAGGAUCUGCAUCAAUUACUGGUGGCUACUUCUAUAGGGCCAUGACUGAUCCAUGCAUAUAUGGAAGUUAUCUGUAUGCGGAUCUAUAUGCUGGUAAUAUGUGGGCUGGUAGUGAGACCCCAGAGAACAGUGGGAACUUCACUACCCACCUUAUAUCUUUCAAUUGUGCUCGUGACUCUCCAAUCCAAUGCACUGCUGGAUCAGGAAGCGCUUUGCCUGCUUUGGGUUACAUAUUCUCAUUUGGUGAGGAUAACAAAAAAGAUGUCUACAUAUUAGCCAGCAGCGGGGUUUACAGAGUUGUUCGUCCAAGUCGCUGCGGUUACACAUGCUCGGAGGAAAAUUCUACAGCUCCUGGAACUUCUCCAACCCCUUCAUCUGGGAGUUGGUUGGUUGUCCCAUUCAACAAUCUGGUGCAGUUCUGUUGUUCAUUGUUGGUUGUACUGGGUCUUGUAUUGUGAGCUCAAGUUAGGUUGUUGAUUUGUUCUCCAGUUGUAACAGUGUCAUAUCAUCUACUCAACUCAACUAAACUCGGCCUUAAUCCCAAUAUUUGGGAUCAGCUACAUCAUGAAUCUUGUCUCAAUUUUUGCCUUUCAAGAGCCAUGUUUUGUGUCAAGUUACAAGACCUUGGAUCAUUUUUUUAAUUAAUUCAAACCAUGUUUCCUUUGGUCUUUCCUUUGCUCUUUUAGGGCCUUCUCCUACUCGCACCAAUACAUUAACUUCGUCUUAUCACCAAGGUCUCUAUUUUUGGAUUA